AUGGCGGAUUUCGGUGUAGAAUAUGUGUAUGUGGAGGAGGACGGCGAUCCAAACGAUAAAAGCCAAAAAAUGCAACAAUUGAUGGAAAUCGUGAAGAUGGAUUUCGAAGGUUUUGAGGAAGACAAGCAUUUUCGUGAGUUCUUUCAAAUUUUCAGACUGAUAUUUAAACAAAUUUGUUUUCUUUUUCAGAAAAAACCUUGAUUUUCACAAAGGACGACACCACUGCCACUCAACUUGCUCGUCAAUAUUACAUCCAAUUCAAAUCGAAAGCUUUGUUGUUUUCGUUGAACCAAUUUGAAUCUCCAACAAAAGAAGAAGAAACGCAGAAUGAACAAUUGUUGACUCGCUUUAACACUUCUUCAAAACUUAUUGGUAUCACCAACUUCUUGGUAUCAAAGAAAAUCAAUUUUCAUUAUGCAAAGCAUUUCAUCUUCUAUGAUUUUCCUGAAAAACCUGACGAAUUUCUUAUUGCUUCGGAGAAAAUUGGAACAGGUGCGAAAAAAUGCGAAUUGGAUGGAAAAAUCAGCGUUUUCGAACGAGGAAUGACAUCUGUUCAAAAAAUAGCAUAUGUUCAUGCUCUCCAAAAUGCUGGAAAAUCGAUUCCGAAUUCGCUUCAGCAAUUUGUGAUGUAAGUUUACCCUUCUCUUCCCCCUGUUUGUCUCUGAGGGACCAUGGUUGAAUUUCUACAGAAAUGAUCGAAAUUUAAGUGAAAAUGCAACAACUUCCUUGAGAGAAUUGAAAAAGCAGGAUGAGGUGGAAAAUGGAAGAUCAGAUACUGCACCAGUUCCUCAAUCAUAUGCACAACAACAACAACCACCACAUGCUGAAACUCCGAUUCUCGAGCAACCUAACACCAACAAUCGAAAUGGAUCUUAUGUGACUGUUCAAGGAGUUGAAUACAAAGUGGUGAGUGUGUUUUAGCCAGACUAAAACUAGAAGCUCCCAAGAUACUUUUUUUUUUAGUUUUUUAUGUUUUUUCUUUGUUUUUCCCAUUUAUUUUUUGUUUUUCAGAAUCGAAAUGAACACCGAAAGCCAGAACUGGGUAUGAAACGUGAGUUUACAAUUUCACUAUAAUUAAAUCGGAUUUUUUUCAGAAUAUAACAAUAACUGCAAUCCGGAAAAGUUGAUCAUGAUCGCUAAAGAUUUGAGUUUUGGCGACUUCAAUUCAAAAUUAUCAAAAGAAGAUUUUAACUUUUUUCACGAUUUAUCCCCCAAAGAAAAAAACGCUUUCAAUAAUAGUGUUAGCGAAGAAGCCUGGCAUGAAAUUUUAAAAACUGAUGAAAAAAUCAAUCAAUUUCGACACCAAUCGAAGCAGUCUUUAGCGAAUGUUGGAAUCCGCGAACUUAUCGAAGAUGUUAAAAAACAAGUUGAUUGUCAGAAAAAGUCGUGGGAUAAUCAUCGACGAAAUAUAAUCCUAAUUCAUUUCCGCGAAUUCCAUAUUUUAUCAAUGAAUAAUGACGUUGUCGAUAAAGCCUGCUUUUUCUGCAAUUCCCAUGAGCAUUUCAGUCUACUGUGUGUAUAUUACCCGACUUUCGAAAUGCGUCAGUUUCAAUGCAAAGAACAGGGAAUUUGUAAUUAUUGUGGAGGAAUUUUAACUCGUGGAUUCGAUCAUCGAUGUCCACGAGAUCUUGAAUGUCAUGUUUGUGGAAGAACCGGACAUGUUAAAGCGGUUUGGCAUGAUCAUCCCGAUUGGUGAAAAAUAACAAUAUUAAUAUGUCAUGUACUAUAAUGUUUUUUUUUGUUUUAUGUAAUAUGCACGAAUGAAUAAAUUUUUAUCUUUUAAAAGUAUUUGAUUUUGCUCUAAAAAAUGUCGGUAUUCGAAAGAGUAAUUUUUCUAAAUUUGCGAGUCAGUAUGUUUUCUUGGGAGAUCUCGCUUGCCGUGAUUAGAGAAAACGUUUUCGAUCUCUAGAUUGUUUUCCCAACUGAAUAUAUGUUUUCCAGGCCAGAUACAGUGACGUGGAAAGUUCCGACGAAGAGGAUGAAAUCAACAUCGAGAAUAAAGUCUACGAAGAAGACUACUACUACGAUUUUGAUCGCCGCAUCCACGAAGAAGACGAUGAUGUUGAUUAUCAAUAA